CCAUCCCGUUAUCUAUUGCGUAUCCAUCAAUACUUCAUAAGCGCGGCCGCGAUCGCAAUUUGGUUAAAUCGUAUUUUCAUUGUCGUGCUCUGGUCGAGAAACGGACGGAAAUUCUGACCGAUCCCGAGUUCCGAUUUGACAGAAGACUUAAAAUACUAUAUGCAAUAUUAACGUUCGUUUCAGAAAAAUUCCUGAUUAAAAUGGGCAGAAAGAAACAGAAACAACCAAAAACAGCGGAAAUUGAUGGAAAAGACAAACAGAAAAAAGAUAUAGACAAUAGUGACAAAUCCAAAUUUGACAAUAAAUCAGAGGCUACAACGGCUAUUCUUAAGGAUGAUAGAAAACCCACCUUUGGAGAAAAUAGUGAAAUUAAUAAGAAAAGAAAGUAUGGUGAACAUAAUAUUAAUGACCUGAAAGAAUCAUUUAAUAGGAGUUCUAAACCUCGAAGUGAGGAUAAAACUCAUUCAGUUGCAUCCAAAACAGAUCAAAAGAUAAGAAAAUCUAGAAAUCCAAAUCAUGAUAAAAUAACCAAUCUAAAAAGUGUGUUAGUGGAAAUAGAUGAAGAUCUGUUCAAUCUACCCAAAGACUAUGCUCUAGCUCAUUGUGUUGCUGAAGAUUUACGGAUGGGUGCAGGGAUUGCUGUUGAAUUCAAACGCUAUUUUGGUGGUGUUGGUAAAUUAAUUGAUCAGAAUUUAACUAUAGGCAAUGUUGGCAUAGUUAAACGUCAUGAAACAACUGUUUUUUACCUAGUAACAAAAAAAAAUAGUAGUGGUAAGCCUACAAUGUUAACAUUGUCUCUUGCUCUCCACUCACUUCUUCAAAAAAUGAAAAAACUUAAGUUAACUAAAUUGGGUAUUCCAACAAUUGGCUGUGGAUUAGAUGGACUUGAUUGGAGUUUAGUGAAAAAUCUCAUCAUAGAAAUAUUUACUGGAUCUGGUAUACAUAUAACCGUUUGUAAACCUUCAAAAAUUUUAGAUCGCAAACAAACACCGUCAUUAAAAGUAUAUAUUACACCAAAAAAUGUAUGGGAGAUGGAAGCACAAACCGAUAUUAUUCUGUUUAUCAACCUAGAUCAAUUAAACAAAAAAAAGAGCAUAGAUGAUGUAGAAGCUAGAGUGAACACUAGAUAUCCAUUCAUAGAAAAUAUGUUAAAUGACGCCAAGAAAAAAAAGAUCAACCCUGGUGACAUGAUACCUUAUGUUGUCAAUAAAGAAAAGAUAAUUUGUGUGUUCACCAAUCAAACUGAAUAUUACAGUAACAUAGAAAAUGCAUUUGUAAAAAUUAAAAACUCAAAUAAAAGUUAUAGGUAUUUUGCUUUUCAAAGUGGCCCAAUCAAACCAGCCGAAAAUUUCAAACAUAUUUCAUGGGUAGUUUUGAUAUUACGCUCAAUCAUCAAUAAUUCUGAAUUAUGGUUAUGUGGUGAUACUGAUCAACCAGAAGAUAAAACGUUAUAUGAUCAAUACUGUAGAAAUAUAUCAAAGAACUCUAGAAAUUAUUCCUCAAAUUUUAAUUCAUCAGGCCAAAUGGAUUACAAUAAAGCGAAUGAUGGUGAUCCUAAUUAUACCUAUAGAAGAAGUCAGAACUGGAAUAAUUUGACAAAAAAAGUUGAAGAAAAAUAGUUUUUGUAAAUAAAUAUUGGUAAUAUUAUA